CUCAGGCAAACAAUCAGCCAUGUGGUUUUACUUGCUGCUUCUGUUACUCACCUUUCUGAUCCCCAGCCUUGUUUUCUUCUUUCUUAUCCAUGGGUUUGGGAGGAACCCUUUUAGCCAGGCAACUGUGAGCUCUCCAAAGCCUAUCGUCACGGAUUAUGAAGCUCGCAAAAAGGUGCUCCAGAAAGGCUUUUCGCCAAAUGCAGUGCCACCCAACCUAGAUGCAAUAGUGAUCGGGAGUGGCCUCGGAGGCCUGUCUGCGGCCGUAGUCUUGGCGAAGGCUGGGAAACGGGUUCUGGUGUUGGAGCAGUACACCAAGGCCGGAGGAUGCUGCCACACUUUUCAGGAAAAAGGCUUUGAAUUUGAUGUUGGUGUCCACUAUGUGGGGCAAAUGCACAAGACAGGCUUGACACGAGUGAUCAUGGACCAGCUCACCGACGGGCAGCUGGACUGGGUUCAGUUAGAGGAUCCUUAUGACAUUAUAACUCUUGGGGACAAAGAGUACCAAAUGUUCUCUGGCAAGAAGGCCUUUGUGGAGGAGCUGCAGAGGCAGUUCCCGGAGGAGAAGGAAGCCAUCAAAGAGUUCAUGAGGCUGUCAAAGAUUGUAGUGAGGCACAUGCCUUUGAUUGUCAUCUUAAAGAUGAUUCCCUUCUGGCUGUCUACCUUCCUGAUCCGAUGGGGCAUCGUUCACUGGAUCUCUCCUGUUUUCAGAUUGUUAAAUACCAGCCACAGCAAAAUCAUAGAGCAGCUGACCACCAACAAAGACCUGCGUGCUAUCUUCAGUUAUUUGUUCUAUGGGGUUACUCCAAAGGACUCAAGCUUCCUCGUGAAUGCUCUGAUGAUCCAUCACUAUAAGCGUGGUGCAUGGUACCCAAGAGGGGGUGCUAGCGAGAUCCCUUUUCACAUGAUUCCCAUCAUUGAGCGAUCCGGAGGUGCCCUGUUAACAAGAGCCCGUGUUUCUCAGAUCUUGGUUUCCGAGAGUGGUGCUGCUAUAGGGGUAAGCGUGCAGAAAGGGCACAACAGUGAGGUCAAAAUAUAUGCUCCUGUAGUGAUCUCAGAUGCUGGCAUAUUCAAUACCUUGGAGAAGAUGGUGCCUCCUCACAUCACAAGCAAACCAGAGAUCCAGUCCCUCCUUAACCUGGUCCAGCACAGCAUGGGUUGCUUGCUAGUCUUUGUGGGCCUUAGAGGGACCAAAGAAGAACUCGGCCUCAAGUCGAGCAGCUACUGGAUCUACAAACAUAAUGAUCUGGACAGCAUGAUGGCCAAAUAUGCUACCUUACCCAGAGAAGAAGUGGUCGCCAACCUUGAUAUGAUGUUCAUCACUUUCCCAUCGGCCAAGGAUCCUACAUACCAAGAGAGGCAUCCUGGUCGGUCCUGUAUGACCAUUUUCACCAUGGCUCAGUAUGAUUGGUUUGAGGAAUGGUCCGGAGGCCGUGUGAGGAACAGAGGGGCUGACUAUGACGCCUUCAAGAUGGAGAUUGCCCAGCAGCUCCUAGAUGUGGCUCUGGCAAAGUUCCCUCAACUCCGUGACAAGGUGGAAUAUAUGGAAGCCGCUUCCCCUCUCAGCAACCAGUAUUAUCUCGCUACCCCUCUGGGCGACACGUGUGGCGCUGACCACGACUUAGGCCGCUUUGAUCCACAGGCUGUGGCCACCAUCAGAGCAAAGACCCCCAUUCAGAAUCUUUACUUAACAGGUCAAGACAUCUUCAGUUGUGGUGUAGUCGGAGCUGUACAUGGUGGCUUGAUUUGUGCCUCAGCUGUGUUGGGACGCAUUUUAUACCUGGACCUGGCAUCACUGAAGAAGAAACUGAAGAGGGAAAAUCGCAAGAAGGAGAUCUAGUCCUCUCAUCUGUACCCAAUUCUCUCAGAAAAUAGGCUGUGCAUUGGAUAUAGGAACUUAAGAAGAGACUUGUAGGAUCACAAUAAAAGUGUCCAGCAUCCUCUUGACCACUGUGGAAAAUAGGGUGCCUUCGGGUAGUCCCCAAGCUAGCUUUCUUAUCUAAAAAUAGUAUUGUUUACCCUAAUAGGUCUUUGGGGACUCUUGAGCUUCAUGGGUAGAUAGACAUAACUGGAAAAAAAUUGGAAGGACAUGAAAGACACAGCCAACUGGAUGCCCUAAUUCAAGCCAUUUCUCUUCCCUACAGAGGGUUCAGAUAACUCACCAGUAAGAUAUAUUUUGCAAAGAAAGACCCACAUUGCACGUACUCGAGGGAUUUAAAAGCAAGUUUUGCAACAAGUAUCCAUGCCCUUACUUUACCCUUGUUUUUAAAUCGGGAUGUGUUGUGCUCCACUCUUGACCAUAAAAGAACACUAGCCCUGAAUAGCACAUGAAAAGAAACUGGCUGAGGGUUCAGUUACUCUGGCAAUAAGAAUCACUGUUGAAUCUUAAAUAAAAUCAGUUUAAAAAU